UGACAGAGGCUGCGCACCGUCACCUUUCUGAAGAGUUUACAAAGAGGAGGGAAAAUUUAGUUGUUAGAAUGGGAGGUUCGGACAGUAAACUAAAUUUCAGGAAAGCCGUCGUUCAGCUGACAACAAAAAAGACGGCUGUCGAAGCGACAGAUGACACCUUUUGGGAUCAGUUUUGGUCUGAGUCGUCGGCGACUAUCAGUGACGUUUUUACUUUGAUUCCUGCCUCGGAAAUCAGAGCUUUACGAGACGAGAAUCCCUCAAAUUUGGCGACGCUUUGCUACAAGUGUGUCGAGAAGCUUCAUAAUGCCACUUUGACUGGUUGUUCCAACCCUUCUGAACAACUUUCUGUCCUGAACUGUGUGCGUCUGUUGACACGGUUUGUGCCGUACAUUUUUGAAGAUCCAGAUUGGAGAGGGUUCUUCUGGUCCACUGUUCCAGGACAGGAAGAGGAGAGUUUUCAUGGGGGCGAAGAGGUACAAUUACUUUUGGAAGCUGGUGUUGGAUUUGCAUCUUCCCCUCCCAGCAAUCCACAGUUUGAUUGCAGCAGAUCUGAACUUCUAAAAUUACUGCUGACUUGUUUUUCUGAAGCAAUGUACCUUCCUCCCACAGCUGAAAAUCACUGUAGACCAAAUAAAUGGCUGUCGUUUUUCUCAUCAGCUGGGAAUAGACAUGCUCUUCCAAUAUUCACCUCUCUGUUAAAUCUUGUGUGCUCGUACGACCCCCUUGGAUAUGGAGUGCCAUAUAACCACCUUAUGUUUGCUGAUUACCGUGAACCUCUGGUGGAGGUUGCUGCUCAAUUGCUUGUUGUCCUUUUGGAUCAUGAUUCAAUGCAGCCCACCCCAACUACAAUGAAUGGAACUGAUACAGAACACUCUUUUGAGGAACCUCCAGUUGAUAACCUUUUCUGUAAUUAUUUGUCACGAAUACAUAGAGAAGAGGACUUUUACUUUAUUCUCCAUGGUGUUGCAAAUCUACUCAAUAACCCUCUUAUUCAAACAUAUCUUCCAAAUUCUUGCAAGAAAGUUAGUUUCCAUCAAGAACUUCUAGUUCUAUUUUGGAAGAUGUGUGACCAAAACAAGAAAUUUCUGUUCUACGUGCUGAAGAGCAGUGAUGUGCUGGAUAUCUUGGUCCCAAUUCUUUAUCACUUGAAUGAUGCAAGGUCUGAUCAAUCUCGACUAGGUUUGAUGCAUAUAGGAGUGUUCAUAUUACUGCUUUUAAGUGGAGAAAGAAAUUUUGGGGUCCGUCUCAAUAAGCCAUACUCUGUUAGAGUGCCAAUGGACAUUCCUGUGUUUACAGGGACCCAUGCUGAUUUUCUUGUUAUUGUGUUCCAUAAGAUCAUUACAAAUGGACAUCAAAGACUUCAACCACUGUUUGACUGUCUUUUGACAAUUAUUGUCAAUGUUUCUCCCUAUUUGAAAUCCUUAUCAAUGGUGGCAGCCAAUAAAUUGCUUCAUCUUUUGGAGGCAUUUUCCACUCCCUGGUUCCUGUUUUCCAAUGCCACCAAUCACCAUUUAGUGUUUUUCUUGCUGGAGAUCUUUAAUAACAUCAUUCAGUAUCAAUUUGAUGGAAACUCUCAUCUCGUGUAUGCAAUUAUAAGAAAGAGAAAUAUCUUCCACCAGUUGGCAAAUCUUCCAACCGAUCCUGCUACUGUUCAGAAGCCAAGAAGGAGACUUACAUCCCAAGGUUCAGACAAGGAUGCCCAGACCUCAGGCAGUGAGGGAGAAGAAAAGAAGGCUGGAACGAGUGCUUCAGCGGCCGAGGGUUUACCGGAGAUGUCCGCAGACAUGUCUGUGAAAGAAGUUCGCAAUCCUGCCAGUGAAUCAGAAACUAGCGAUGUAGAAGCACGGUCCCCUGGGGAAGCAACCCCACCCAGUACCCCUGGAACAUCCCGCACAGAGAGAAAAUCUAUUGGACGAUCUGUUUCUGUCACAAGCUCAGGGCCAUUUGUAGCAACGCCUGAAUGGGUCCAGUCUUGGAAACAGAAGCUUCCACUGCAGACGAUAAUGAGAAUGCUUCAAGUUUUAGUUCCUCAAGUGGAAAAGAUUUGCAUAGACAAGGGUUUGACGGAUGAGUCUGAAAUAAUCAAGUUUCUUCAGCAUGGCACAUUGGUCGGUCUUCUACCCGUGCCACACCCAAUCUUAAUCAGAAAAUACCAGGCCAACAGUGGUACUCAGAUGUGGUUCCGAACUUAUAUGUGGGGAAUUAUUUACCUCAGGAACAUUGAUCCCCCAAUCUGGUAUGAUACGGAUGUCAAACUGUUUGAAAUCCAAAGAGUAUAAAAUUUUGGUCCAUCUGAGAGGAGUGCGGGGAAUGAAGAGUAAGAAUUCUCACCGUCGACGUAAAGCAAAAAGGAUCAGUUACAUUUAUGAUAAAUUGUUAUCUUUCAUCGAUAAAAGGGAGAAAUAUUUUAAGUCGGCGGCAGUCAAACAUAAGUUAAUUCUAGUUAUAAUAAUGGACAAUUUUGUUCGCGGUUGAAUUCCCAUUAGAGGCAAAUUUGGACUUACUGAGUCCAUAAUGAUAAUUGAGUACUUAAAAUUUACUUUCUGAUAACGAGUCAGUAAUAUUUAUGAGGUCAUCUACCGUCUACCAAGGUUCUCUUGACCAAAGCAAGAGCUUAAUUUACAGAUAUGCAGGUAUAAAUAUUCUUAGUCAGGUUUAAGAUGCUACUUUGGGUAAGGGAGAAUACCUUAUCAGGGCGAAGCUGUUGGUCGUCGAAGUAGGUCUCUCGGAUUUGUGUGCAGUUUCGCUCUAGUACCGGUCCCAGUUGUUCAAAGGGCUGAUACUAAAAUAAUGACCGCUAUCCAACAGAUGAAUCGCAGUCAGCGAGGGUCCAGUCGUAUA